CCCAGCUGACUCUAACAGGUGACCGUUCCGGGAUUCUGGGCGUAUAUAUAUUCUCAAUCCAUCCCUCCACGUGUCAGUUGCUUACCAUCCGCGUCCCAAAAUGAGCUUCAAACCCCAGCCCAGCGGCUUCGCCACCAAGUCUAUUCACGCCGGCCAGAGCCCUGAGCAGUGGAAGAGUGCGUCGGUGAUUCCACAGAUUUCCCUCAGCACCACCUUCAAACAGGAUGCGCCUGGAGAGCACAGGGGCUUCGAGUACUCCAGGAGUGGCAAUCCCACAAGGAAUGUGCUGGAAACUUGCUUCGCUGCCUUGGACAAUGCCAAGUACGGACUCACCUUUUCGUCAGGAUUGGGAGCGACCACCGCAGUGCUGACUAUGUUGAGCAGCGGCGAUCACAUAAUCGUCGGCGAUGAUGUCUACGGAGGCACCAACCGCUUGAUCCGCCAGGUCGCUGGCCGCCUGGGAAUCCAAGCCACCUUCGUGGAUCCCACCAACUUGCAGCUCAUCAAGGACUCCAUCAAGCCCGAGACCAAGCUCGUGUGGGUGGAGUCCCCCACCAAUCCUCUCAUCAAGGUCGCCGACAUCGAGGCGGUCGCGAAACUUGUUCAUGGUGUCCGGAAAGACCUGAUCCUGGCGGUGGACAAUACCUUCCUGACCUCAUACUUCCAGCGGCCCCUGGAGCUGGGAGCGGAUUUAGUCUGCUACUCGAUGACCAAGUACAUGAACGGCCACACCGACGUGGUGAUGGGUGGAAUCACCAUGAACUCCGAGGAGCUGUACAAGAGCCUUAAGUUCCUGCAGAACGCCGUCGGCAUUGUGCCCUCUCCCUUUGAUUGCUACCAGGUGAACAGAAGUCUGAAGACCCUGUCGCUGCGCAUGGAGCAGCACCAGAAGAACGCUCUGAAGGUAGCCCAGUUUCUGGAGAAGCAUCCGUUCGUGGAGAAGGUUCUCCACCCCGGCCUGCCAUCCCACCCCCAGCACCAGAUCGCCCUGAAGCAGACCUACGGCUACAGCGGCGUGUUCUCCUUCUACAUCAAGGGUGAACUGAAGCACUCUACCGCGUUCCUGAAGGCUAUUAAGGUGUUCACUCUGGCUGAGAGCUUGGGCGGAUACGAGAGUCUUGCUGAGCUUCCUUCUGUCAUGACUCACGCCUCUGUUCCGGCUGAAGACAGGAAGACCUUGGGCAUCACCGAUGGCUUGAUCCGUCUCUCAGUCGGUCUCGAGGACGCCGAUGAUCUAAUCAAGGAUCUAGAGCAGGCCCUCGCAGUCGCCGCAAAGGCCUAAUCACCUCAGUUUAUAUGUUAUCUUACAUGAUGAGAUUUUUUAGAUCGGUUAUCAUGAUUUUGUAUAUUAACCCACCCAAUAAAAGUGUAUUUUGUCUCAAAUAUUGAAAAACAG